UCUUCAGUCUCAUGAAAAUCCAGAUCAGAGCCUUGUAGUCUCUGUUACUUAAACCUCAAACUAUCUCAAAAGUCAACGCUCUGUGUUGUUCAUUUGAUGAGACCAUGUCUUUGGGGUGAAGCUAUAAACGUUUGUGCAUAUCCCAUUCUAUUAUAUAUAGAACCUCAAAAGAGAAGAAAGGAGUCUCAGAGACAAGAACCUCGCGGUUAAAAUGAAGUUGUUUGAUGCUCACUGUCACCUUCAAGAUAAGAGAGUCAUAGACAAAGCUCCUGAGCUUAUAUCUGCUGCUUUAGCUGUUGGUGUUACCAAUUUCGCAGUCAAUGGAACCUCUGAGAAAGAUUGGGACUUGGUGAAAGAGAUGGGAGAGAUGUAUCCUUCUGUGAUUCCUUGCUUUGGAAUUCAUCCUUGGUUUAUUGCAGAUAGGAGCCCUCAUUGGCUUAACACAUUGAGGAUGCUCUUUGAGACAACUCCUACGGCUGCUGUUGGGGAGAUUGGGUUGGACAAAAGUCCCUUAGCAGCAGGCAUUGAUUACUCAGACCAACUUGCCGUGUUUCGCCCUCAGCUUGAACUUGCCAAAGAACUGAACAAACCAGUAGCCGCUCAUUGCAUCGAUGCAUUCGAUGAUCUGCUCGAGAUAAUGAGAUCCGUAGGGCCUUUUCCUGCUGGUGUGAUUCUUCAUUCAUUCAAUGGUACAGCUGAAGUUGUUCCUAAACUUGCUGAGCUUGGUGCAUACUUCUCCUUAUCUGGAUGGUUCACUUACAUUGAUGAGAAAAUCGCAAAGAACACUUUGAAAUCGAUUCCUUCCGAUAGGUUCUUGUUGGAGACGGAUUCACCUGACGGGUUACCAAAAUCUGAUGAGAGCUCAGAGCCAAUUCUCAAUGAACCUGCAAACAUUGUUGCUGUACUAGAAUAUGUUUCAAACCUGUCAAACAUCAAGAAAGAAGACCUUGCGGAGUUAACGUAUGGGAACACUGUAAGAUUGUUUUCUUAUCCAGGUUCUAAAUUGCUUUAAGACCAAUAAAUGGUGUGUGUAUGUGUGUGUCUCUACAACAUCAAAGAGACAGAACACUCAUCAUCUUCUGCUUCUGCUGUUGCUUAUUUGUUUGUUGUUAAUAAAACUAAGCCAUCUACCAAAACCAUCUUUCACUAACUGUUGGUUCUGUAACUUGGUGGAGGUUCUUUGACCAAUAUGUAUUUUAAUUUUCU